AUGGAGUUUAACUCGGGCGGCAGCGGAGGUGCACGAAGCAGUGGGAAUGACAUGGAGUUGUUGUCUAAGACGUUACAGGUGGAGUAUAAGUUGUUUUACUUUGAUCUCAAGGAGAAUCCACGCGAUCGUUACCUGAAGAUUUCGGAGAAGACAUCGGCGACAAGGAUGCAACAAGAAAUUGGACCUCAAAAAGUUGGUCCUAGCAUGGAAUGGAAACCGAAACCAAUUGCUCAAAGUCAAUGGUCAAUUAAGGUGCAUGUGGCUGUGGUUCCAGUUGAAGCUCAUACUCCAACAAUAAUUUCUUCUGCAUCCUCCACUAAUCUUGAUUCAUAG